AUGGCAGGGCGGCUUUCUCCAGGAAAGGCGACAGACCAGGUGUGCCCCUUCCUGUUCAAAAAGCCUGGGCGAAAAGGCGCUGCAGGCCACCGGAGGCGCCGGGGCUGCGAUCGAGAGCCUGGAGACGACAGCAGCAGCAGCAGCAGCAGCGACGAAGGCGGCGCUGUGGUUCCCCCGGAAAAGAAGAGGGCGGCUCCCAAUCCGAUGGUACAGAAGACCCGCCGCCGUGGUCAGCAGAAGGCGGCUGACGGUGACGCGGGUAGCAAGCAGGAGGAGGAAGGUAAUGAGCCCAAGAGUCUCGGUGUGGUCUACAAGUCCACCCGCUCGGCGAAACCCGUGGGGCCAGAGGAUAUGGGGGCGACUGCUGUCUGCGAGCUAGACACGGAGAAGGAGCGUGACGCACAGGCCAUCCUUGAGCGCAGCCAGAAGAUCCGGGAGGAAGUGAGGGGCAAGGAAGAUGACAAGAUCUAUCGGGGAAUCAAUAACUAUCAGAAAUACAUGAAGCCCAAGGAGACGUCUCUGGGCAAUGCUUCCUCCGGGAUGGUGCGGAAGGGCCCCAUCCGAGCCCCCAAGCAUCUACGUGCCACCGUGCGCUGGGAUUACCAGCCUGACCUUUGUAAAGACUAUAAGGAGACCGGCUUUUGCGGCUUUGGAGACAGCUGCAAAUUCCUCCAUGACCGUUCAGAUUACAAGCACGGGUGGCAGAUUGAGCGUGAGCUUCAUGAGGGUCGCUAUGGUGUCAAUGAGGACGAAAACUAUGAAGUUCCUGGAAGUGAUGAUGAGGAGAUACCAUUCAAGUGUUUGGUCUGUCGCCAGACCUUUCAAAAUCCGGUUGUGACCAAGUGCAAGCAUUAUUUCUGCGAGAGCUGUGCGCGGCAGCGUUUCUGCACCACCCCGCGCUGCUACGUCUGUGACCAGCAGACAAAUGGCAUCUUCAGGCCAGCGAAAGAAUUGAUUUCUAAACUGGAGAAGCACCGAGCUGCCGAAAAGAGUGGUACUUCCGCUUUCCCAGAAGAUCCUAAUGAGGGUCCAGUUCCCAUUAUUUAA